UAAGACUGUACCGGAAACCAGCUUUUGUGGCUGUGAGCGGUUGUAAAAACGGAGACCCCUCUUACGGAAAACUGUGGUUAACUGUGCUGUAGCUACAGCUGCAGAGAUGCGAGGGACAGAAAAACGUCGAGAAAGGAAACAGAGGGCAACACCGAAGCUGAACGUAAAGUAACCGCCGUCACAAAUCAUCUGAGAUGUUUCGAGAAACCGAGGAGCAGCAUCUUCGCAGCGCUUUCUCCCGCUGGAGAUAAAAAACCGAGAAGAGGAUCGCGCAUUGAUCCGAGAACAGGGGGACGGGAGGGGCCGAUCAUGGGGAACGAAGCGAGCCUUGAAGGAGGCGAGGGGCCGCCGUCUGGGCUACCCGAGGGGCUGGCACCUGACGGGAAGGGGGGCUUUUACCGGGUCUCAGACGGGACACCGGUCAACCUGAGUGAACUCAGCGAGGAGCAGAGGCGGCAGCUCUCCGCGGCGAUGUCAAGGGCGCAAGGCAGGCAGCCCGGAGGCGCGGCGGCUGGACGAAGACCAUCAGAAUCUGACGCACAGCAGCGUUCCCAGCAGGUAGGAGCCUCCAGGGGCCCAACAGGUCUUAGCAAAAGCCGAACUGUUGACGCCUUCAACCAGGGUCCACUCGGAAAGCCCACACCAGGCCGCAGCCCUUCGUCUCUCAGCCUUUUUGAAUCAAGAUUCCGGCAGGAGCCAAAAGACCCUGAGACCAAGUCAUCCGGCAUGUUUGGCUCCAGUUUUCUCAGCGGGGCCAACCCCCUCAGCGCUGUAUCUUCUAUGACUUCGUCUGUCUCCUCCUCCAUAUCCUCCAUGGGUGAUACUGUCAACAUUCCCAAAUUUGGACUGUUUGGGGAUGAAGAGGAGGAAGGCUUGCCUGCAGCUUCUGAGUCCAAGCAGGGAGGGAAGCCACAAGGGAAAGGCCCACAGCAAGGGCCAGGUCCGAAGGGACCACAGCAGGGAGGACCCCAGAAACAGAGUCAGGGCCCUCCUGGACAGGGAGCAAAGCCAGGACAAGGACCCCCUGGUCAAGGACCCAGACAAGUUCAGGGACCACCAGGCCAAGGGCCAAAAGCAGGCCAACGUCCUCCUGGCCAAGCACCACCAGGGCAUCAGGCCCCCAGACCAGGUCAGGGACCACCGGGUCAAGGCCCACCAGGGUCACAGGCACCCAGACCAGGUCAAGGACCCCCAGGUCAAGGAACCAAACAGGGAGCCCCUCUCCAACAAAAAGGUGGUCUGCCACCACAGCAACAACAACAACAAGGACCUGGGAAACCUGGACCCAAACAGCAAGUGCCACAAGGGCCUGGUGCACAUCCUGAAGCCCCAGGAAAGACUGCUGGGCCCCCUAUUAAGCAGGGAACUGGAAAGCCUGCAGCUGGGAUCUGCCCACUAUGUAAAACCACCCAGCUGAACGUUGGAUCUAAGGAUCCACCUAAUUACAAUAACUGCACUGAGUGUAAGAACCAGGUCUGCAGCCUGUGUGGAUUCAGCCCCCCAGACUCAGCGGGUAAAGAGUGGCUGUGUCUGAACUGUCAGAUGCAGCGAGCCAUGGGAGGAAUGGAUCCCCCUGGUGUGACGAAGCCCAAGCAAGGCUCCGCCCCACCCUCUCCUCAGAGACAGGCAUCGGGAAAACCUGGAAAGCUCCUGAUAAAACAGCAAAGCACCUCCGACCAAGGGUUAACACCACCAACCACACCAAGGCAGAAAUCCCCAGGUCCUACCUCUCCAGGACCACUUUCACCAGGCUCCUCAGUCGCGGGAUCCCCCAAAAUCGACCCCAAGACAGGUCGCCCCAUUAUUCAGAAGUCCAGUCCUCAGCAGUCCCCAGCUAAACCCAAGCAGGAAUCAAGCUUCUUUGGAGGGUUGGGAGGUAUCAGUUUAGGGGGGCUCACAGAUGCAGCUAAGCCACCAGCAGCUGCUUCACACGCUGCUGAGUCAGUCACGGGAAAACUGUUUAGUGGGUUUGGUGGGUUGAUGGAGUCGUCGAAGCCUCAGGCCCAGGCUGCUCCAAAACAGGAGGAAUCUGUUGCUGGGAAGUUGUUUGGAGGUUUUGGAGGCUUGACAGAGUCCACUAAACCUCCUGCAGCCACAUCUCAAAUGUUUAGCUUUGGAUCAUCCCUCUUGAGCUCAGCCACCAGUCUUGUCACGGGAGAGGAAGAUAAAGCAAAGGGUUCACCUCCUGGGUCACCACCUGACUCCCCUGCAGACUCUGGUCCCGGUUCACCACCUGACUCCCCCCUCUCUGGCCCUGGCUCUCCCCCUGAUUCAGACUCUGCUCCUGAAACACCGCCCCCUAAGACCAAGAAACCCCCCAGAACCAUUUCUGUGGAGCGGGAAGAGAAAGCCCCGGAAACCAAACCUGUGCCCGCUUCAGCUCCAGCGACGAAGGAAAACUGCCCUCUGUGUAAUGUGGAGCUAAACGUUGGCUCGACAGACACGCCCAACUACAGCCUCUGCACCGAGUGCAAGAAGACAGUGUGCAAUCUGUGUGGAUUCAAUCCUACUCCUCACUUAGGAGAGAAAGAAUGGCUUUGCCUCACCUGUCAAACUCAAAGAGCGAUGUCAGGCCAGCUGGGAGAUGUUUCACCAUCAUCCAUGGCUUCCCCGAAGAAGCAGCCUCCUGGUCCUGUUCCCUCCUCCACACCUCCCCCUGCUGCUGUAGAUAGCAAACCUGUAGUAGAACCAGCAGAGCCAACCCCACCAGCUUCUGAGACCAAGGUGAAAACAGUGGAGACCUUGAAAGAGCCUGGAAUUAAAGAAGCAGCUGUCAAGGAAGGCAGCCCAACCAGUCCAUCAGACCUAGCAAAGCUAGAAAGCACUGUCCUGCCCAUCCUUGAGGCCCAGGCAACCACACAAGAAGAGGAGAAAAAAACAGACACUCUAAAGGCCAGGCGUAAAUUAGAAGUGCUUCCUCUCUCACCUGACUCUCCUAGCUCAGAAGAGGACAGAGUGGUUUCUGAUAAGAACGGCAAUGGUACCACAAAGAAAAAGCUCCUUGUGCCCAUGGAUGUCAAGGCAGAUUCCCUGGACGAUAGCAGUGAAAGCUUUGGAAAAGAAAGCCCUAUGUCAGGAGAUGAUGAAGAAUUUAUCCGAAAACAGAUAAUGGAAAUGAGUGAGAAUGAAGAUGCUUCACAAUCUGAUGAGGAAAACCUAGUUCGGCGAAAGAUCAGAGAGGACGAGAAGAAACAAAAGGAACAAAAGAAAACAGAAACUGUAGAGAAGGGCACGACAGGGAAAGUCAGACGGCUUACCAAGAAAAGCACCAUAAGCCCAGAUGAUGAAGAUAAGGAAUUUGGUACUUUAGUGGAUAAACAUGAUAUAAACAAAGAUAUGGAAGCAGAAACAAAAGAAGGGAAGCAACAAAGUGGUACUGCAGUUCGCAAAUUCCAAACUAUGGAGCUGAAUACAACUAGCAGCCCUGUGUCUAUACCCAAUGAUGAUGGAGAGCCUGAAAUGGAAAGCCUGACAGAUUCUCCAGAUGAUCGGUCUAGAGGUGAGGGGUCUUCCAGUCUACAUGCGUCCAGCUUCACUCCUGGAACUUCCCCAACAUCCCUCUCAUCACUGGAUGAAGACAGUGAUAGCAGUAGUCCGAGCCAUAUCCGCAGUGGUGAAGGUAAACAGCACAGGAAAGCCAAACACAGACAACCUGGUCAAAUGCUGCCAACUAUCGAAGACUCUUCUGAGGAAGAAGAGUUACGGGAAGAGGAGGAGCUGCUCAGGGAGCAAGAAAAACAGAAGGGCUCAGGGAAAAAAUCCAAAAAAGAUAAAGAUGAGAUUCGAGCCCAGAGGAGGCGAGAGCAUCAAAAGACACCGCCAAGCAACCUUUCCCCUAUUGAAGAUGCCUCACCAACUGAAGAGCAGAGGCAGGAAGCUGAAAUGGAGGAGAUUAGACGAUCAUCUUGCUCAGACUUUUCACCCAGUAUUGAAUCAGAUCCUGAAGGAUUGGAAAUCCAUGCUGCAAAGAUUGCGGCAGUCCAGAAAACCUAUCAGCUGCCCAUGUCUGUAUCUCUUCACUCCCCAACAGAUGAUCAAAAUGUUGAUAAACCACAGAAAAAACCUCUCAGAUCUGCUGAUGAAGCCUAUGAGGAGAUAAUGCUGAGGGCCAAGUCUCCAACAGCUGACAAAGGUGAAAUUCAGCCAGAAAAAGAGUCCCUAUAUGGAGGCAUGCUCAUCGAAGAUUAUGCAUAUGCAUCUCUUAUUGACAAUUCGACAGCUGAUCUCGAGGACACAGAGAAGAUUACUGUUCCCACUCAGCCCAAAAAGCUGCGAUCGCCAGAUGAAGUUUAUGAAGACAUGAUAAAGAAAAGAAAGGAAUUCAUGCAGCUAGAGCAGGAAUACCAAAAUAUGCAGGCAAAAAAGGAAAGCACUAACCCAGAAAUUGUGCUGCAGCCUGCUGAUAUUACUGUUUCCAAAAGCAGUACAAUAACAUUAGACAUGGAUGGGAAGCCAUUGUUGGAUGCUGAAACUGCCUAUGAAGAGCUAAUGAAAAGAGUCCUGACUCCUGGAACAAGUCCAACUCAGCAUGAGCCAAAAGUAGAAGCCACUGCAUCUAGAAAGGCACUCCACCCUAUUCCAGACUUAAAAGUAACGCAGUGCUCUUCAGGAGAGUUAUCUUCUGAUGAUGAAAUUAUACCUAAAAAGGAAGUGGAGAAAAAUCCUGUAUCAGAUGUCCCAUCAGCAAUGGAAACUGAGCCUGUGAAAGAAACGUUUCCAUCACCCACAUCAGAUCAGCAACCUGAAACCACAAUCCUAGCAACCCAAGGUGAUAUUGUGGACUUGACUAGUGCAUCUACAAAAACAUCAGCUCCUGUGAUUGCCAGUGUAUCACCCUUGCCUACAGUCCCCCAGUAUACACCUGGUAUACCAAGUGUAGUAUCAACUGCCCCACCUGUGCCCCCGAAGCCAACUGUCCUGCGUAGGGCUAAUUCUCAGGAAAAAACAGAAGAACCUGUUGCACCGCCGCUCCCUCCUCCCACUCCUCCAAAACCUACUGUUUUUCCCAGGAAAGCUCCAGUUCCACUUCCACCUCAGGCUUCAGCAGCUCCAGUAAGGCAAGAGACAGUGACUAUGACUACAGCUCAAGCAUCACCUACAAGACAAGUAGUUACUCCAACAUACAAACCUCAUGUUCCCCCUCCUGUACCCCCAAAGCCAUCCAUCCCCGUUGGAAUUGGGGAUAGCCACAAACCAGGACAUGGUGUUAAACCACCAAUUGCACCAAAGCCUGGCUCACAGCCUUCAUCACCUGCCCAUGCCCCACAUCCACAAAGACCCUCUGUACUUCCCACAGGUCCUAGUGACAUAGCCCUUAAUCUAAGCCCCACUUCUGAAAGCAAAUUGUUUCAACCAUCACCAAAGUCUCCUUCUUCUCCAAGAUAUGCCAGCAAUCUUCGUGACACAUAUGUGGUCAUCACUCUGCCAUCUCAGCCUAGCUCUCCUGUAGAUAGUGUUACCACUCAUGCUCCCUCUAGCCCUGGUCCAGCAUCUCCUUCAUGGCAAGCUCAGCCUGAGACAUACCACCAUCAGCAGCCUCAACCUCAACCAUAUUCACAGCAGCAGCAGCAGCAGCAACAAACACCUCCUCAAACAACCAGGGUGCCUCUGGCAUAUACACGAGUCACAGAAUCCAUUGAAAGUCAAGAAAUUUGUGGCCCUGAAAAACAUGUAUCUAGCUCUUGUCAUAUAAUUGAGGCUAUAUCAGCCUCAGCACAGCCACCUGUGGUGAUGCCCAACCUCAUCUCUCAAGUGGUUACCACAGAAGUCCAAAGGACCACUGUCUCUGUUGUUCAUGAAAGGACACCACCACCAGUGCCAGCUCCAAGGGCAAAUGGUCUCCCAAUAUCAAUGCAGAAGCCUAUGCCCCAGUUGCCAGCACAGAAUGGACAGGCUAUUCAACCUUCUGAGGUGGUAGAUCUUAGGACUAUGAAAGUGGAUCCAGAAUCAACCACACGUGGUGUGGAUCUGUCUGCUGGUCCAGACUCAAGACAUCAGUCCCUUACGACUGAUGUCAGUCGUCACAGCAGUGCAGUGCAGUCCCCUGUGGUCAACCUCAGUGCUGAAUCAUCUACAGUUUCUAUAGUAACUGAUAGCAUUACCAUCGUGACCUGUGCUGCCACAAUCCAGCGACGCGACAACUUGGACACCUCUUUGACCUCUUCAGUACCCCUUCAGCUAACAAAAAACAAAUCAUUUGAACCCGUUUCUCAAAUUAUUUAUCGACCAAUUGAUUCUCAGCCGUCUACUCAUGCUACUGCUGAGAUCCCUAUUAAUCUCUCAGUUGGAUCUAGUACGAGUGGAGGAACACUCCAGGCCACCCCUGUAACAAUUGCACCCGCUUCUGUUGCAAGUUGUAUUGCUAAUGGAUUAACUAAUGGCACAACCACAGUGUCAGGAGCUGUUGACCUUAGCACAAAUAAACCAUUCAACACUGUGGUUUCAGUGGAUGCUGCGUCUACCGAAGUGGUUACAGCUGUAAUCACAGACGAUGGCAAACCAGUGGAUCUGACUGCAGGGAAAAGAGCUGUAUGUUGUGAUGUUGUGUACAAGCUUCCAUUUGCAGGAAGUUGUGCAACUCACCAACCUACCACACCCUUGCCUGAAGAUCGCUUUGGAUAUCGUGACGACCACUAUCAGUAUGACAGGUCGCCUUAUGGCAUGAGAGGGUUUGGUGGAAUUAAACCUUCUAUGUCAGAUACUAACCUAGCAGAGGCUGGUCUCUUCAUUUACAAGAGUAAAAACAGCUAUAAUUUCAGUGGCACAACUGAAGGUGCAGUAGAUCUUACCUCAGCAAAGAUUUCUGAUGCAGGUGAAGCUGUUGACUACUCCAAGAAAGGAACUUACGCUGGAAUGACAAUUCCUCCCUAUUCUCAAGAUAGAGUCACAAGUGCUGUUGGCACACUCUUUGGUACAAGCAGUGUUUUGAGAUCAUCAAAUGGAGUGGUUUAUUCCUCUGUUGCAGCCCCAGUCCCAUCUACAUAUGCCAUUACCACCCAGCCAGGGUCCAUAUUUAGUACAGCAUACAACACCUUGUCAGGUAUGCAUACCAGCGACACCAUGCCUUCUCUUUCCAACCUCCAGAACCUACCACUUACUCGAUCCCACAGUUUUCUAUCCACCAUCUCUACUACUGCAACAGAAGAACAAGCAGAUGCUCCACUCAAUCUAGAGAUAUCUAGAGGAGGCACUACUGCUGGUGAUGCUGCAACUACUGCAGCAACUUCUUUAUCUCUUGACACCUAUACUGAUGCAUCUCUGGAGGCUAUAGCUGCUUCACUGGAAGCGCUUUCUUCACCCAUGGUUCCUGGAGACAGCCAGUAUCAGGCAGAGCGCGAGAGACUAGAAAUGGAAAAACUCAAGCAACAGCGCCUGGCUGAGGAAUUAGAAUGGGAACGGCAGGAAAUUCAGCGGUUCCGAGAACACGAACAACUCAUGGUGCAAAAGGAACUGGAGGAGCUGCAGGCCAUGAAACAGCAGAUACUUGCCCAGCAAGAAGAGGAAAGACAGGCUCACCUUAUAAUGCAGAAAGAAACUUACGCUCAGCAGCAGCAGCAGCUUGAGCAGAUUCAGAGACUCCAAGAGCAGCUCCGUCUGCAACUGGAAGAGCAAAAGCUUCGUCAGAUGUACCCAGGUGGGGACAUACAAGAGGCAGUUGUCUUAGGACCUGAUGGCACUGUACUGGCCCGAAAGAUCACAGAUAGUGGGUGCCAGACAGAUGAAGAGGAUGAAGCAGUCAGCAAAGCUUACACAGCAGGUAGAAAAAAGAGAACUGCUAAAAAGAGCGUUGACAGUUGUGUGCAGACUGAUGAUGAGGAUCAAGAUGAAUGGGAGGCUCAGAACAGAAGCAGACAAAGCCGUCCACGUACUGCCAGAGGUGAUAGGGGUGGGCAGUCUGAGAUGUCUCUUCAAGCCCACACUGAGAUUUCUAUACAAACUGAUACAGAUGGGAACAUUAGAAUGGAUACCAGAAUGGAGCUUUCAGAUUCUGAAAGGACCUCACCAAAGAAACGACCUACCCCCUUAGAAAUAGGGCAGUCUGCUAACCUCAAAGCUGAUUCUUCUACUCUUCAGGCCCCUCCUAAAUCCCCCAAAGUGCUCUAUUCCCCUGUAUCCCCUUGUAUCUCACCAAGCAAAUCCCUUGAGUUUGUGUCUUAUGAUAAAUCCCUUGGUGAUACAAGCCCACAAAACCUAAGAGGAAGUCCUGAUCCAUCAAAAGCCUCUCCAGCCAGUCCCAGAGGACAGAAAUCCAUGCAGAGAUCUAUGUCUGAUCCUAAGCCCAUGAGUCCAACAGGAGAAGAAAGAGCAACAUCUGGAACCCAGUAUGGUGAAGGCUAUACUGGCAUAGGCUCAGGUGGUACACCAACAGGGACUCAAAAGAAGGUGAAGAGGACUCUCCCAAAUCCUCCAUCAGAGGAUGAGUCAACAACCACUGGACAGACAGCAUAUAGCACUGGCUCAGCCCGUCGAAGAAUGUGCCGUAAUUCCAACAUGGCACGCGCCAAGAUCCUACAAGACAUUGAUCGAGAGCUAGAUCUGGUGGAGCGCGAGUCUUCCAAGCUCCGCAAAAGACAAGCAGAAUUAGAUGAGGAGGAGAAAGAGAUAGAUGCAAAGCUAAGAUACUUGGAGAUGGGCAUUAAUCGUAGAAAGGACGCACUGCUUAAAGAAAGAGAGAAGAGGGAAAGGGCCUACUUGCAGAGUGUUGCAGAGGACAGAGACUACAUGUCAGACAGUGAGGUUAGCAACAUCCGAGAGACUAGAGGAGGUGGUGAGGAUGAGGAGAUUGAAAGUCAUGGUCUUGAACGUCCCAGGACAGCUCCUCAGUCAGAAUUGGAUGACUUUGUCCCACCACAAACCAAGCACGAGUAUGGAAAAUACUCUCAGUACCAAUACGCUCAAAGUCAAUUUCAGCAGUCUCUCUACCAGACACCUCAGUCCUACCAGUCUCAUUCAAUCUACUCCUCUGUCCCUUCGCUCACUACCUCCCAGCAGCAGAGUUACCACCAAAUGCUUUUGUUGCAGCAGAAAGCUGCGAGACAAGCAGCCCUACUCUCAGAGCUCGAUGCAACGAAAUAUGAUGUCAUUAGCCGUCAGCCUGAUCCCACUUCAUCAGCUUACCUUGGUGUUAAGUAUGACAAAUAUGGGAAUCAUCUUGAUCUCAGAGCCUUAGAAGUGGGAAGUAUAGCAGGUAGCCCAAUGUCAGCUGUCUCUGAUUCCUACUACACAGAUGUAGAUCACCACACACCUCGGAGUUACAUGCUGCUGGAAGAUGCUGCAGAACUAGCUAAAGGCUCCACAGGUCUGUCCUCAUCUUAUAGUCUGGCUGAGAGGGAGCUGGCAAAGGCAGAGAAACUGCUUCGUAGGAGUGCUGCUGAUCUGGGGUCUACUGACUAUUUGGGAUCCACGUCCAGACUUCAUACCUUUGGAAAGACCCCUGACGAAGAGGAUACCAUGGAGGAACCCUAUGAACUGAAACUUUUAAAGCAGCAGCUUAAGCAAGAGUUUAGGAGAAGUACAGGUGGGACUGAAAACUUAGAACAAUUGACAGGUCUCUCACAGCACUACUAUACACCAAGCUCUAGCAUCUCUGGUUACUCUCAGAGACACUAUCCAAAGUCAGAAAAGUAUAGCAUCAGUCGACUUACUCUUGAGAAGCAGGCAGCUAAACAACUCCCAGCAUCUAUGUUGUACCAAAAACAUAAGACACCACUACUAGAUCCUAAAAUCUCCUCCAAGUAUUCCUCUAUUACAGACAGUAGAGGUUUAGAGACUGACUAUACUAGCUAUUUGGGGUCCACCAGUGCAUCCCCAAGAUCCAGCCGUCUCUUGCAAGAUGAGAUUACCUUUGGUCUUCGGAAGAAUAUUGCAGAGCAGCAAAAGUAUUUAGGAUCCACCCUGGGUGCUAACUUGGCUGGGUCACUUAACUUGAGUCAGAGCUUGGGUUUGGAUUCUGCCUAUCCUAGUGGUAGUCGUUCAAGACCAUCCUCCAGGCCCACAUCUUGCUAUGGCCUGGACUUGUCUAUCAAAAGAGACCCAUCAAGCUCUUCACUCAGGCUGAAAGGAGAUGGUGAAGCAUCUGGAGACGGCCCAAAUUAUCAAACCCCAUCUGGUCGCACCAAACCUACUAGCCUUCCCAUUGUCCAAAGUGGGCGCGGCAGAAUACCCAUAGUGGCCCAGAAUUCAGAAGAAGAGAGUCCACUGAGCCCUGUUGGGCAGCCUAUGGGUAUGGCCCGUGCAUCAGCGGGACCUCUGCCUCCCAUCUCAGCCGAUUCAAGGGACCAAUUUGGUUCUUGCCUUUCAUUGCAAGACUCCCAGCAGCAGCAACAUAUCAGGGAAGAGCCAACAAGGGGUAGGAGUUAUGUGCUGCUGGAUGAUCUUCAGGGCACCAUGUCAGAUAGCGAAGCCCUAAGUGAUUCCCUGAUGGCUUUGAACAGAGACGAUGCAACCAAUGCCUACCACCUUAGACGGGAAGAGACAGAUUGGUUUGACAAACCGAGAGAUGGGCGGUCGGAGAACGGACAGGAGAAGAGACAGGGAAAAGGUCCAUACUACCCCUUCCCUCACCUCAGGGUCAAACUGCAGAGGGAUCCUAAAGACCGCAGUGUCUCAGGAAAUGGUCUGGGUAUCCGAGUGGUCGGAGGAAAAGAGGUCCCUGGUAGUAAUGGAGACAUUGGAGCAUAUGUUGCCAAAGUGUUACCUGGUGGAGCGGCAGAACAAACAGGAAAGAUUCUUGAAGGAAUGCAGGUCCUGGAGUGGAAUGGUGUUCUUUUGACGGGGAAAACCUAUGAAGAGGUACAAGGGCUCGUUGGACAGCCGUGUAAUGAGGCAGAAGUGUGUGUCAGACUGGAUCUCAACAUGUUGGCAGAGUCUGAGGGUUCCCAGCACCUAGAUUUCCAGGAGCACAGCAAAGGUGACAGACCUCCCAGAUCUCCAGGUGUUGAUCCCAAGCAGCUAGCGGCCGAGCUGCAGAAAGUGUCACAGCAGCAGGCUCCACUGUCCACCUCCUCCUCCAGCCUGCCUGCCACCACUUCAGCAACCUCCAGCCCCGGUCAGCCAGGAUCCCCCUCAGUCAGCAAGAAACGUCACAGCAGCAAGAUUGCAGAGGGAACAAAGAGCCAAUCCCACCCUGUAUCCGGAGAGAUACAGCUUCAAAUCCACUAUGACAAGCAGCUUGGCAACUUGAUAGUUCACGUCCUGCAGGCCAGAAACCUUGCCCCGCGGGAUAACAAUGGCUACUCCGAUCCAUUCGUUAAAGUGUAUCUCCUGCCAGGGAGAGGUCAGGUCAUGGUUGUCCAGAAUGCCAGUGCUGAAAACAAGAGGAAGACCAAACACGCAGGCAAGACUAUCAACCCUGAGUGGAACCAAACUGUCAUCUAUAAGAACAUCCACCUGGAACAGCUUAAGAAGAAGACUUUGGAGGUGAGCGUGUGGGACUAUGACAAGGGCUCCUCUAAUGAUUUCUUGGGGGAGGUCCUUAUUGAUCUGUCCAACACUGUCCAGCUGGACAACAUCCCGCGGUGGCUCCCUCUCAAGGAGCAGAGCGAGGGGGACCACCACAGACGCUCGCACUCAGGCCAGGGUCGUCACAGUUCUUCUAAACCCUCCUCACAGCACUCCUCCCCUAAAACCACUGGCUCCUCGCAUGAUAAUCAGGAUUCCCCAAAAUCAUCUGUCAUCAAGAGUCGAAGCCAUGGGAUCUUUCCAGAUCCGGCCAAGGACACACAGGUGCCCUCUAUCGAGAAAUCUCACAGUAGCCCUGGCACAUCGAAGCCUUCCCCGUCCGAGGGCCAGAGCCAAAGCCACAGCCACGGACACAGCCAACACUCUCGCUCACACGGCGCUUCACGCUCCAGCAAAAGCGCAGCACGACAGCACCAUCAGGAAAGCCUCAAUGGAAGCAGAGGAGGCGCUGCCGUAGCAACGGGCGAUGCCCAACAGCAGUCACAGCAGCAGCCGCCACAACGCCUCCAACCAACUCGGUCAACCUACAAAUCAGGAGAUGCCCCGGUCACAGCAGCCUCGUUAGAUAGUGGCUUGAGCGGCAGCGCCUACAGCCUACUGGACGAGGAAGCAGAGGCAAACGAGGUGGACAGUGCUAUCUUCCAAGUGCCCCGAUUUGGAAAGAUCCCAAAUGGCACAGAUGUGAUAAAAUCAUCACUGGGACACAGUGACACUGAAGGUAAGACUCAGGUAAUGGGAGAGAUAAAGAUCGCUUUGAAGAAGGAAAUGAAGACGGAAGGUGAACACCUGGUCCUUGAGAUUCUUCAGUGUCGUAACAUCACCUACAAGUUCAAGACUCCAGAUCACCUGCCUGAUCUUUAUGUGAAGCUCUACGUGGUGAAUAUCGCCACCCAGAAAAGGAUCAUCAAGAAGAAGACCAGGGUUUGUCGCCACGACCGUGAGCCGUCCUUUAAUGAGACCUUCCGCUUCUGCAUGAACCCCACCGGACACGCGCUACAGCUAUUCCUGGUGUCCAACGGUGGCAAAUUUGUGAAGAAGACCUUAAUAGGCGAGGCCUACGUGUGGCUGGAUAAAGUUGAUUUACGCAAGCGAGUGGUGAGCUGGCACAAGCUGCUUGCCAGCACUGCCCAGAUCCACUCAUAGGAGGGGACUCAAUCUAAAAGAAAUAAGCUUAAGUGGAAAACAGGUUUCUGACAUCUGGGUUCCACAUCUGGAACGCUGAUUCAGUCUUCUGGAAGGUCUGGGCACGGGAAGAGGGGGGAUUUUUUUCUUCAACCUUUGUUUCAGGGCUCGCAUAGCUUGCUAUUUGGGAAAAAUGCUUUCAGCAAAUGAUGAUAUCUGCUCUGAUUAUGUGAAAAACUUGGAGGAAACCAUUAUGUGUUUACAGGGAAUAAACACAUGUUUACAGGACAUACAGUGUACAGCAGUGUAGCCAGGACUUAGAAGAAGAACACAGGUGCUGAGUUCAGAGGUCAAGUGCAGAAUCAACCAGGUAUUACACACUUUAUCUCACAUACACACACACAUGCUCACGACAUUGCACACAGUCAUUCACACAGAACUUCAAAUCUAAUAGAUACAGGGAAUGGACACACUUAUAGAUUCGAAUUGAUUUCUUUUGACGUUUUAUCCAUUAAAUGUUCUUUAAAUGGGGCACUCACCCUCGCUUUAUUAUUGUAUUGAUUUACAAAGCGUUUUGGGAAUGAAAGAGUAAAGACUCUGCUAUAGAGACCUCUUAUUUAUUUUUGUAUUAUGAUAUUAGUGUAGAGUUCUAUGAUUUGUCUUCUCCUCAAUUAUUUAAGUACUUUAACAAUCUAUUCUGGGAAGGAAGUAUAUUUUAUAAUACACUACCUAGCAUUCCAGUUCAAUACAAAAAGAAAAUAUUGCAAGCAUGUUUUUGACUUUAUUAACAAAAACUACUUGUUCCCUACCCUUUUAAUCUGAUUUUUCCCUGAUGUUAUCCAAUGAUGACUAUUGUUUGAUAUAGCAUCAAUAUUAAUAUAUAUCAAAUUGGACAUUACAUGUUGUGCGCAUGAGUCUAUCUAUUUGGUAUGGAGUGCCACAUGUUCAACAAAAAAAAACAAAAAAAAAACCACCUCCAAGGUUCACUUUGUAUAUAGUGAAGUGUCAUAGCUGGACAUUAUUCUACAUAUAUAGAUAUAGAUAUAUAGAUAUAUAUAGAUAUCUUUAUCACAGACAAUCAAGUCUUGAUGAUUGUGGCAUAGAGGUUUUAUUUAUUCAUGAUGCUGCCCCUUAGAAUGUGAGACGUUUACUAUAUGAGAGUUAAGCAUUUCCUCUUUUUCCUUGUAAGAUUGGAGCACAUUAGAAGUCUUGCAUCAGUCUUGCUUUCGUUCGUAAGGGCAGUCAACUCGACGACACUCGCUUUUGUAGUAUUUUGCACUUUUUCUGCUUAGAAUGUAAAACUAACAUCAUCAUCCUGCUAAAUUAUUAUUUUUUCACUGGGAAAGUGAGAAACUAUAGACCAGGAACUACCCAGAGUUACGAUCCUAAGACGCGAUGCUGUAACAGUAGCAUGAUGAUGUUUCGUCCCACCUCCACGCGCACUUCAUUAAACGCCUAUUAUGCCCAUUAUUUCAUGAGACAGGUCCUGUACAGGUGUCAAAAGACUGGAAGGCUGGUUCAUUUAACAUUUUCAGUGAAAUAUCCGAGUGAUUUCUAUGCAACAUCUACUAUAUAGCGUAAAUAACUGCACCCUGACUUGCCAGAAAUAUGACACUUGGUUUGAGAGGAAGCAUUUCUGUUUAUUUUGCACUGCUAUGUUUUCAUGUCCUCCACGAAAUGGUUACUGCUUUAAUAUGAUUUGUUGUUUUCUGUUUGGUUUUUUUUAUUUACCGUGUGAUUUUUUUUGUAUUGCUAUAUUAAUCUUUAUUUAUUGCCUGUGAGACAAUUUCAUAUGUUGUAUUAUAUUUGUUUACAGUACAUAUCAGAUGUACAGAGAAAUUAGGUUUUUAUACACUAUGUAGUGCUUGUUUACAAUAUUUAGAGGGGCCUGAAACUCAGAGAACCAACUUUUUUGCCCUUGUGCACGAACACACGCUCACAUUAAAAUCGCCAAUUCCACGUAGCUAUAAAUCAAAGGAAGAAAAUCGAACAUUCCUAGUCAUGAUUCCUAUCUUUGUUUUGCCCUCCCCCUUCGAUUUGUUUCAUUUUCCAGUAAGUGUAUGAAUUACCAAAAAAAAAGCAACUAAAGAAAACCUUGUAAUCAGUGGACUUCACACCUCAAACGUAAGGUGCAACGUGCAUUUUUGGUUGCUUUUCUUAACUUUCUAUCCAUGUGCUCGUGUGUGUGUGUGUGUAGCAUCUUCACACCAAGUCCAUGCAUGUCAUUAGCUCUAAUGCAGUAUCCCUUCCUUUACAUGUUAUCUGUCUAAAUUAUCUAAAAUUUCUCAUAACACACAAUGAAUUAUACAAACACACACGCACACACACACCCAGAUGCCAUCUCUAUCUUCAACCUUGUAAAUAAAUAGUUUUUUAUACUGGGGUUUGGGGAAGCAAUAGGUCUUUUAGCAGUCAAAACUAAACAAAAAACAAACAAAAAAAAGUCGCGUGAUCUUAGAAGUAACAGGGAGUUGUUUCUCCUUGGAUCGCUGUACAGUGGAUAGGCCGAGGGAAGAGCUUCUGUCUGUUUUUAGGGACCCAGAUUUACCUGACCCUUUACACCAAACACUAAAAGUUUACCAGAGUCUAACACAGAAGUCUAUCUUCACAACUCAAGUAGUUGCAGGAGAAUUUAAAUGUGCUCACACUGGAUGUUGCAUGUUUUGUUGGUGGUUCAUACUAUUUUUGUGUCCGGAUAUUAUUAAAGAAAAAACAAGAAUGGUGUAGAGAGAGAUAUAGAACAAAUGUUAUAGAGGGGGAAGUUAUGAAGAAAACUUAUAAUUGAUGAUGUAUGCUGAGUGUACAAAGAGUAUGCUUGUAAAACCUGUCUGGUUUUUCACUUGUAAGUAAACAGAAAAAAAAAAAGAAAUCUAAUGUCAUGGUUUUGUGAUUGUAUACAGGAGGUAUUGAUAAAUUAUGCAAAAUGUGCUGUAAAAAUGGCUGUUGCCCCAUGUCUAAAUAUUAAAUAUCAUAUAAAUGAA